AAAAUGACGGAAAUGAUGAGUUGGCGAAUGCAGGAGGAAGGGUGGAGGAAGGGACCGUGGACACCGGGGGAGGAUAAGUUGCUUGCAGAGUAUGUUGCAAUGCACGGAGAAGGAAGAUGGAGCUCGGUUGCCAGUUGCUCAGGACUAAAGAGGAAUGGGAAGAGUUGUAGGUUAAGGUGGGUGAAUUACUUAAGACCUGGCUUAAAGAAAGGCCAUUUAUCACCUCAAGAAGAAGGCAUCAUUAUUGAACUCCAUGCUCUAUGGGGAAACAAAUGGUCUACUAUAGCUAGAUAUUUGCCAGGAAGAACAGAUAACGAAAUCAAGAACUACUGGAGAACCCAUUUCAAGAAGAAAGAAAAACCAUUGGAGAACCAGAAAAAGAGAAAAUACGAAGUUCAGCUUAACCAUAAUCAAGAGCACCAACGAGGUCCCGAAAUUAUGAACGAUAAUACCACAUUACCUUAUGCAGAAGAGAUCGAUAGAGGGUUGUUCACUGAAUCAUCACAAACCACGCUGCAAGAAACAAACCAAAUGAUCAUCAACGAUCAGCAGCAGCAACAAAACCCAAGUGUGAUGGCUCAAGAUGUUGCACGGUGGUGGGAUACAGUAUCCGAAGAUGGAUUAUGGAGCAGAUUUCUGUGGAACAAUCUCGACAGUGAUCAUCCAAACCAAGCUGUAAUGGAACAGCCGUUUCAGAUGUUAGAUUCUUUAAGCAUGAAUUAGACUAAAUUUCGAACAAUAUGUCACCAAUAGGUAUCAUUUCUUGCUUGUAUUAUCGUAAGAAAAGAUAUAAAUAGAUUAAAGCUUCAUAAUCA